GGUUCCUUCUUUCCCGCGAGAAACCCUCUGGAGCUCGCCGUUCUCCGGCUUCCGGCGAUGAAUGGCCGAGCUCAGCUUCGGAGACCCUCUCUUAAGCGCUCAGGAAUCCCUGCAUGCUCUGGCGCCUCUCUUGGACCUAGGGUUUUAGGCCAUGACUUCGGUAUAAGUCAAAGGAAAAAGGUGAAGUUUUCAGAUAUGGGAAAAGCUCAUCAAGAAAGCAGUAUAAAGCAAUCUAUACCCUGUUCAACGGAAAGAAUUCAUGCUCCUAGUGCAAACAAAGUUGAUGAGGCGAAGACUCUUGAGUAUAGAUCCUUCAAGAGACUACGGGAAGAAACUUGUAGUGAAUUCAAUCCUAAUUCUCUUCAUAAGAAGGAUAAUAAUUUGAAGACAUCUCAAGCAAGCGAUUGCAUCCAAGAAUUGAAUAGCAUGAAUUCGUCAAGUUACGAUGUGCACGAGUCCCCUCCUCUUGUUCAGAAGAUGGCACCUCGAUGGUUUUCUCCAACACCUAAAUCUCCUCCGAAAUUUGAUAGCAAGGAAGGUGGACUGUUUUCAUUAAAGAGAGAAAGCAUACUUCAAUUUGCUUCUGCAGCUUUAUCUAAAGAAACAGAUGAUCUCAAAUCUGAUAGGUUUGAUAUAUUACAUGGCUGUUCUUCCUUUCGGUCUUACAAUUCCUGUCUAACAAAUUAUUUUCUCAGAUUGAACCUGAUUCCUGAGUUCCUUCAGAGGCUGGGAAUUAAAGGAAAAUCAGGAAAUCUAGAUGCAAGACCGUUGCACAAGAAAUCUGAUGACAUACAUCUGUUGCCUAUUUCAUUUAACUCAAAUCGUCAGCAUGAAUAUGAACAUGAGAUUCGAGGAACAGAAUUGGUUCCAGCCAACACAAAAGAAACCGAGGGAAAAUAUCUGUUUCCUUGUAAUCAUGGUCAAAUCGAUAAGUUCAUUCUUCCAUCACAAGAGACUGUUGCAGCGGAAGAUUUUUUCCCUUCCGCCGUGUCUCAUUCCAGUCAGAGCAUCUUUGAAACUCCGGCUUUUCCGUCUAGGCAACAUGCUUCAAAAACCAAACAAAUGCAAUCACAAUGGGUAUCAGAUAUCGGAAGAGUUUCAUAUCCAUUGCUUUUGCAACAUGACUCAACUGAUUUCGAAGGACUGAACACAGAAUUAGCAGGCAGAAAACACGAGACUGAGUUUAUGAGUCGGUCACUAAACAAUUUUGGAAUAGAGCAAUCAUUAGUUCCAUACGUCAAUCCGGUCUCCUUGGAAGUAAGUAGGCUUCUUCUUGCUCCUGAUCUACACUGGAAUCCGGAGGGGAAACAGUGUGCUCCUAUCCUACUUGGAUGGAGGGACGACGAUGAUAUUGAAGCAGAAGCAGGGGUGUUUGUGGCUUCUAACAGAUUGCGUCGGUUUGAACCAGACCAUUUAACACUCAUUCCAUGCACAUCUCCAGGAUUUCUUCAUCAAACACCAGCCUUUAAUACUUCGGAACAAGAUCCUGAUGGUCUUUUUUCGAGUUCUGAUAACAGUUUUAGGAACUGGGAAAUGGAUUUUGACAGGGCAUGGCCUUCCCAAUCUCAUUUUUGAAAACAGAUUGAAGUUAUGGUCCUAUGUCCUAACUGUGAUUAGAUUGUACUGUUUUCCUUUUGUCUAAAUCCUGAUGUAUUUGUUGAUUUGUUAUAUUUUUUUUCUAUAUCUACAAGUUAGUUUGGUACUUAACAUGGUGGUUGAAUUGAAAUUCAGGGGGCAAAAACUUUAAUA